CGGUCCAAUACUCCACUGUUCUUCCUCCUUAAAUCCCACCAUCCAACAAUCCCAGAAUUCAAAAUGGGGUUCAUCUUCUUCAUACCCCUUUUCUGUCUCCUGUUUUCCCCUUCCAGUGCAGAAAUUGCAGCUAAACCAGGUGUUAACUAUGGCCAACUCGGGAACAACCUUCCGCCGCCGUCUAAAUCCGUCGAGAUCAUCCAAUCCCUAAAAGCAGGUCGUGUUAAGAUCUACGAUGCUAACCCUAAAAUCCUUCAAGCAUUGAAGAACACCAACAUUCAAGUAUCGAUAAUGGUGCCCAACGAAAAAAUCACCGCCAUCGCCGCCAAUCAAUCGCUAGCUGACGACUGGGUCAACUCAAAUGUCGUCCCGUUUUAUCCGGCGACCAAAAUCCGGUAUCUCCUCGUCGGAAACGAGAUCCUUUCGCAACCGGAUAACGUCACCUGGUUUAAUCUCGUUCCGGCGAUGCGACGGAUUCGGCAAUCGGUGGUACGGUUUAAGCUUAGGAAAAUCAAAGUUGGUACUCCGUUGGCUAUCGAUUGUUUGGAAGCUUCGUUCCCGCCGUCGAGUGGGAAGUUCAGGUCCGGUGUAUCGGAAUCUGUUUUGAAGCCAUUGUUACAGUUCAUCGAUCGGACUAAAUCCUUCUUCUUCAUCGAUGUUUAUACCUAUUUUGCUUGGAUAUCCGACCCGAUUAACAUUAAGCUUGAUUAUGCACUACUUGAACCCAAUACUUCGACCUACACCGACCCGGUUACCGGAUUGCUUUACACUAAUCUUUUGGAACAGAUGCUUGAUGCUCUUUAUUUCGCUAUGAAACGGGCCGGACAUCCGAAUACCCGGUUGUUCAUCGCGGAAACGGGUUGGCCAAACGGCGGCGAUUACGACCAAAUCGGAGGAAAUAUUCGCAACUCCGCCGUGUACAACCGGAAUGUGAUCAAACGGUUCACCGAGAAACCGCCGCGAGGUACGCCGUUACAUCCCACCGUCGUCUUGCCUUCGUUUAUUUUCGCUCUGUACAACGAGAAUCAGAAAACCGGCGCCGGUACGGAACGGAAUUUCGGGUUGGUUUACCCGAACGGGACGAAUAUUUACGAGAUAGAUUUGUCCGGUGAGACGUCGGAGUUUAAAAAGUCGUUGCCGGAGCCGACUAAUAACGAGCCGUACAAGGGAAAGAUUUGGUGUGUGGCGGCGCGUGGAGUUAACAAGACGGCGCUCGGCGGCGCGUUGACGUAUGCAUGUGGACAGGGUAACGGUACUUGUGACCCGAUCCAACCCGGUGGGAAAUGCUCCAAACCCGAUUCGUUAUAUUGGCAUGCGAGCUUUGCGUUCAGUUCUUAUUGGGCCCAGUUCCGAAAAUCUGGUGGAUCUUGUUACUUUAACGGGCUUGCGGUCCAAACUAUCCAAAAUCCAAGUUUUGGAUCAUGCAAGUUCCCAAGUAUUACGCUAUGAGAUUUUAGGUCGGGAGGAAUUGAUGAUGAUCGACGAAAUAGGAUUCUUUGUAUGAUCAGCGAAAGACGAUGUUGUUUUAAUUGUUAACUUUGUCCAAUGUAUAACUUUUGGAAUACGAAACAUUGAUGUAACGUUAGGAAGAAAUUAUAUUUAUGAUAUGAUUUGAUGGUAACGAAUUUUGAAAAAUAAUGUAACAUUUGUUUUAAGUCU